AUGGGCCCCUGUACCGCCUCCUCAUGCUGCUGCCAGGCCCGUAAUCUGCCAUGGGCCCCCGUACCGACUCCUCAUGCUGCUGCCAGGCCCGUAAUCUGUCAUGGGCCCCUGUACCGCCUCCUCAUGCUGCUGCCAGGUCCAGAGUGUGUCAUGGGUCCCUGUACGGCCUCCCAUUGCUGCUGUCUCCAUCGCCACACUCUGCCAUGUGCCACUUUCAGUCUCCUCACACUGCUGGUGGGUUCCAUUUUGUCAUAGGGUGCUGUAUGGCCUCCCAUUGCUGCUGCCUCCACCGCCACACUGUGGCUCCACACUCUGGUUUUGGCCCCGUGACUGCCCAAAUGAGUGAAGUGUGCGGUGAUUCUAAGAUCGACGGCACUCAUCUGCAUGUCAUACUGACUGACAGUAUUAUUUCUCUUCCCCAGCAGACUCCAAGGGCAUUUAAAUUAAAGGUACAGUGUUCUGCACUAAUAUAA